UGACUUAUAAGUGCUUUUGGCUUUCCUUUUUCCUAGGACUUCUCUUCCUCUCUUCUCCUUCUCCUCCAUUGACCCUUCCCCUUCACUCCCUGAACUCUUACAGCAAUGGGGCUGGGAUCUGAUGAGGCAGAGCCACCACAACUGCCCUUAUUUUCUGCCCCACCAUUUCACUCCCAUGAGCCUUCAGGCACCCUAACUCCACCACUCCACACCUCAGUCUCAGUCCCAUUCCGCUGGGAAGAGCAGCCCGGGAAGCCAAGGCCCUGCACUGCCCUGGCCACCGUUCCAAACCCAACAGACUUUUCCCGAAAGUGCUUAGAGCUCCCUCCAAGGCUGCUUUUGGAAGCCAAACUGCUUUCUCCCACCACAGUGUUGGAGGAUCCUUACGUGGGCAGGUCAAAGUUUCAGUCUUCCUCAUUCAGGAUGGAGUGUUAUGGCGGUUUCAGCCCUGAGAGAGGAGGGGAGCUUGGUGCUCUGGUUCUGAGAAGGAAAGGGAAGGAGAGAGGGUGGUUUGACUCAUGGGGGAGGAGGGUGUUGAAGGGAAAAAGAGAGGUUGGUGGGGCUGGUUAUGUCUUUCCAUCUUCUGUGGAUGGAGAGAGUGACGGUGGUGGCAGUGUGGGAGGAGAGAGUGGGAAGUUGAAGACGAAGAAGAAGAUGACAGGGAUUACAACGGUUGGGAGCAUUUCUAGUCUCUCUCAUGCCAAGCCUCAUUUCUGGGCAACAUUAAACAGAGCUUGAAGCAGGCGGCAGUUCCAUGGAAGGGUAGAAAAUUCAAGAAAGACGGGUUUGCGAUAUGAUGAUUUAGACUUGUCUGUGUGCACCGGUAUAGUGUAUCCAAAUCAAUUACCUGUCAAAUGCUCUAGCUAAAGACUUAACAACCACGGCGUUGCCCGCCGGGGCUGAAAACUGGGAUGGUCAUGAAUUGUGGGGGACUUUGUUACGGGUUAGGGUUUAGGGUUUAGGGUUUAGGGUUAGUCCCCCCUAAGGACAUGUAAAAUGAAAAAAGACUAGUUGUGUGUGUAAAAUUUAGCCCUUAUUUUACUGUUUUGCAUGCACCUCCGGUAGCUUCGACAACGGUAAAGUUGUCUUGUUGGCGAGGUUUCCGUAAAUGCUGUUUUCGUAACUGUGUUUUGGUUUAAGUAAUGUUUUGAUCUCUGUUUCCAACUUGAA